AUGAUUAUCCAAUAUAAGCUUGUGGCGAUUUGCUUAUACUUCUCAUUUGCAUAACUAAAUCUAUUAAUGGAAGAUUUUAAUUCGUUAGGCUUUGGUUCUUAAGGCUGGAAAUGCAAGCCGAGCGAUUCUGAGUCAUUAAUCUACCAUUGCCCUAAUGGUAUGGAUCUAGUUUAAUUGAGCCAGGAGUGUAAUAAGAUAGAAAAAACGAUUUUAAAUAUUCCACCCCAUUAUAGUGUUUAACUUUAUGUUGACUUCGUUGCUUUUAUGACAAUUGAUGGGGGCGAAGUUGCUGAUAUUAGCGCAGAUAACACCAAUAUAUAUUCAUAUUUUAAGGAAUAAGCAGGAUUUUUACCUUUUAGCAAUUAAUGUGAUCCAAACAUAGACAGAUAUGAUAUGAUUACUUCAAUUGUUGAGUUUGUUCAUUCAAGCAGUUAAUUAACGAUAUCGUUCUUUACGAAUAUAAAUGAGCCAUUCCCUAACGAAGGCUAUCCAUUCAGAAAUUUAUAAAUUUACUACAAAUAAUGCCAUUACACAUGUAAAACAUGUUCAAAUGAAGCUUAUAACUAAUGUUUAAGUUGCUUUACAAUCAAUCCCACACCUACAUUGCAAUAAUGUAAAACUUGUGAAGAUUAAUAAAAUCUGAGAUUUUUAUUAUAAACUCAAGGUUGUUUAAUGGAAUGUCCUGAAGGUUAUAGUUAUGAUAAACAGCUUGUUUGUUAAAGAAACCUAAGUAAAAUUAUAAUCCUAAAUAGUGUUGAAAAAUCUUUUAAAUCUCAAUACAUUAUUGCCAAUGACAUCAUAAUAAUUACUUCUAACUUCUAAUUUAAAUCCUGCAAUAAGAUCACCUAUUAGCUGCAAUCCUGUAGAAUCAUAUCUACCAUACUAUCAAGAUGAAGUUUUAUACACAAUCUUAAAUUUAGAUCCCUCAGCAAUAGGUAUUAGAUUAAAAGCCACAAUUAAUAUAUUUGGUUCAUGGACGCCAGAUAAGUAUUUUUAAAUAAAAGUAAAUGGAUAAAUUAUAGAUUCCAUUAAUUUCAAUAACUUAAUCGUAACAACACAGAAUAGUAUUAUAUUAUAUUCGGAUGUAACUAACCAAAUAUGUUCAAGUAAAAAUAAAUUUACAGUAAGAAUUGAAUUAAAUCAAAUCAUUACUGGAUAGGUUGUAAAUCUUUCCUUUAAUGCAUACAAUUUGGUUGAUCAAACAUUAUCAUGGUCUGUUUCAAAUAUAAACUUAGAAUAGGAAGUAUGUUCCCUGAUGUGCGGUUCUUGUGCUGAUAAUUAUAAUUGCGAUGCUUGUUUAUUAUCAUAUUUUUUAUAUAAAGGUUAAUGUAUUUUAGAUUGCCCACCAUAUUCAAAGAUGGUUGGCACUCAAUGCAUAGAUUUGGAUGAAGAAGUAAUUGAUAAAGAAAAGUCAAAAAUAAAAUACUUAGUUAAAGAGUUUUAUGAUAUUUCUACCACAAAAGAGAGAGUAAAUGAAUUAUUCUAAUUGGUGUCUUAGGGUAGUAAUAAUUUUGCGAAAGGAAGUGAUAUAUACUUUUCAUAUGUCCCAGGCAAGAAGGUAUUUGGAGGAGCAUUAGUUUGGGUAAAUGCAGUCUUCAAAUUACAAUUAGAGAUGCCAAAAUACUAUUAUUAAGUUAGAGUUAAUUUUCAGGUUAUUUUGGGAGAUGAUUUUGAUCCUGGAGAUUUCUAAUACUAAAUUAAUUAUUAGAAUAAUGUUAUAUUAACAAAACAAACAUCGAAUCCAAUACAAAAUACAUAGAUUUGGGGUGACAUAAAACCAGAUUAUGUUUUUUAAGUUGAUUAAAUAGUAAAUAAGGACGAUAUUUAAAAUAGGUAUUUGAUAAUAUAAUUUAACUGUAAUAAUCAAAUUAAAUAAGUCUAAUAAGCAUUCUGUGCUAUAUAGAAUUUAUUUAUAACAGCAGAGUUUUAUUGCACAAAAGAAUAUAGAUUUGACAUAUUUAACUAUGAAAAAGGUUUGAAUCCCUGUAUUCCAAUUUGUGGUGAUGGAUUUGUAGUGGAUGAAGAGUAAUGUGAUGAUGGAAAUAUGGAUCCAUUUGAUGGAUGCUUUAGUUGUCAAUAUCAAUGUUAAGAGCAUUGUUAAAACUGCGUAUAUGGCAUAUGUUUAUUCAAUUAAGAAGGAGAGGAUGAAAAUUAGAAGUUUUUUGAAAAUGAAGAAGAUAUCUAAGAAAAAAUCUAUCAUUAUGAUAAUUAGAGUAGUAAUUAUUAUGGGGAAUGUUAGGUUGAAUGUUAAAUUUGCAAAGAGGGGAAUUGUUAUCUAUGUAUGGAAGGCUAUUACAUUGAAUAAAUAACUUAGAUUUGCUAUCUGCAAAUUAUAGGUUGCAGUGAUGAUUAAUAAUGUUCUACAGACAUUCAAAAUAAUGCUUAAAUGAGUAGUAUUGAUUAUAGAGAAUGUUAGAUAGAAUGUUUAAGUUGCAAAUUUGGGCUUUGCUAUGAGUGUCUGCAAGGCUAUUAUCUUGAUUUAAUCACUUUGAAUUGCUAUCUUCUAAUUAUAGGUUGCAAUAAUGUACAAUCAUAUUCUAAGGAGGUUCAAAAACAUUCUAAAAUGAGUGUUUGUGAAAUUGAUAUCUCUUAUUCAACAUUAGAUAGUAUCUACUAAGAUCCAGAUUAUGUAUGUAUAAAUUGUUUGACUUUCGCAUACCAGAGUUGUAAUAAUAAAUGUUCAUUUUGCUAUCAAGGAUAGUGUUUGUAAUGUUAAUCUGGAUACACUCUUUAUGAAAAUCAAGAUUGUCUUUCCAUCUGUGGUGAUGGUCUCUUAAAUAAAGACUAAACAAACUAAGAAUUCUUUGAAUAAUGCGAUAAUCCUCUUAAUGAAGGUUGUCAAAACUGUGUUAUAUUACCUGGUUAUAAAUGUAUACAAGAAGAUAGUUCAUUAUGUUGGACAUGCGAUUCAAAUUGUUUAAAAUGCAUAGUUGAUGAAGAUAAUCAAUUAGUUUGUUAAUAGUGUAUUGACGGUUAUUAUGCUGUAAGUAGUUUUUGUUUAAUAUGUGAUGAUAAUUGCAUUACGUGUAAAGAUGAUUCAGCUCUUUGUACUUCAUGCUAUAGAGAUGAUUGCUAAAAAUGCGAGGCUAUACCUGGCUUAUAUACAGAUUAUGAAAUUAAGAAAUGUAUUCCUUAAUGUGGAGAUGGUAUCAAAAUUCAGUAUUAUGAAUAAUGCGAUGACGGCAAUAUAAUUGAUGGAGAUGGCUGUGAUUCAGAGUGUAAUUCCGAACUCCCUUAAGAAUAAUAUUCUAUUGGAGUUAAACGUCUUAAUGGAUUAUCAUCCAACGAUCUCAGCAUAAUUCAAGAUUCGUAUAUUCAAUUGAAUUGUUUAAAAACAACAGUAUCUAUUGAUGGUUUCGAUAAAGAGCAGUUUAUCUAUAAUUCUACUAGCAGUGACACUGGAUGUAAAAUUUAAUUUUAAUUCUUCAAAUCGAUUUAUAAAACCAAUCUAAUACACAUCUAUAUAUAAUUUCAAGAAAUUUAUACUAGAAUAUUGGAAGAACAAAACUAAUAAUAUAAGGAAAUUUAAGUGGAUCCAAUUGAAUAAAUAAUUUUAGAUGAUAGUCAAUAAGCUUAGGCUGAUGCUAUUUCUAGUGCUCAAUCUAGUCUAUCUUUAUUAAUUUGGAUUCUAGCUCCACUUUCAAUUCUAUUUGGAUUAUUUGAUUAUUUAUGGGCAGUCCUGGAAAUCCUGAGUUGGAUCAACAAUUUCUACUUUUUCAAUGUUAAUUUUCCAUUCAAUGUUUAGAUCUUAUUUUUGAAUAGUGAUUGGUCAUCAAUAGUCAAUUUUCCAACCUAUUAAAAUUUGAAUUAGCCAGGUUGUGAUUAUUAUUUUGAAUCGCCUCCAAGAUUCUCUGAAAAAGGUGUUGAUCCACUAUUUAUUAAUAAUGCUUAAGUACCAGCCUUCUUUAUUUUUACAUCCAUUAUACUAUACUUUGUCAGUUUGAUAAUUGAAUUCUUUUUCAAAGUAAUAGAUAAGCUUUUCGAAAAAAAAGUUCCAUUACAUAAUCAUACAACUUUUUCAAUUUAAAAAUAACAGGAUGUUCAACUGCAUUAUCAAAAAUAAUCUUAAUAUUUAACUAAAUCGAAUAAAUAUACUUAAUAUUUGGUUUAAAAGCUAAAAAUGGUGUCUAAUAGUUUUUAGAGUAGAAUUAAACAGACAAUAACUCUGUGUCUAUUAGAUUUAACUAUGGCUAUUACACUUCAAUUAAUUUUUGGAAAACAAUUUUAUCAUAAGAUGAUAUUAAUCAACACAAUUCUAGCACUAUCAUUUUGUGUCUUAAUAAUAUAUUAAUUAAGACAGUCAUAUUAUGUUAUAGGUAUUCAUAAAAGUCUAGCUGAAUUUCCUCUUUUCUAAUAAAAAUAUGGGUGCUACUUUGAGAAUAUUAACAUUGAAAAUACUUUUGGACUCAAAUUUAAUUUCUUUGGACUCAUUCGUAAGAUAACCUAUAUUUUUUGUCUUGUCUAUUUUUACUACACUCCUCUUUUAUAAACUACACUCUGCUUUAUAUCUUGUUCCUCGGGUGUUUUAUUACUUCUUUACUCAAAUCCAUUUGAAAGUAAAGGGCAAUUGUAUAAACAAUUAAUCUCAGAAUCAGGAUUGAGUUUGAUUAUUUUUAUUACAAUUCUGCUAUCUAUUGAUGACUUAUUGAAUAAGAUGGAAGAAUAAACUAAAAUCAAUAUGGGAUGGGUUAUUAUAUCUUUGGUUUUAAUAUGUGUAUUUUGUGAAAUCAUAACUUUGAUUUUUGAAAUUUGCAGAUUGCUUUAUGAAAUAACAGUCUAAACUUUUAAGUUUCUAAUAAAGAAGCAUUAAGCCACUGAGUAAAUAGAAACCAAUAAUGAAACAUAACAACCUAAUGUCCCUGAGACGAUAAUUUUAAACAGACUAUCCUUCAAGCAUCAUCACCAACUUCAUCAGUAUUACUAAUGA